AUGUAAACACACAAACGAUGGGUAGAUCUAACCAGCCGUCACAGACUUUCCACUGGAAUCAUAUAAUCUUAAUACAGUUGUCUUUUCUACUUAUUCAGGUUUGGUGCAGGACAGACAUUGGAAAGACACAUUCUUCCAAGGCGCUGGUUAUAGUAAAUUUGGAGAAAUACGAAGAUAAAGCCAAUACCAAAUGUGACAGUGGUGGGAUUUUUUCGGACUCGAGAUGUGAUGUCUAUAUGCAGCUUUGCACAACGUCCAAUAAAUGCACAAGGAAGGAAUCUAGCAGUAGGAUUGACGAUACCACUGGUUUCCUAUUCAAGGAUCAACCAAAGACACAGCAGUAUAACCCGUCCUAUUGGUACUUCGACAGAUGGAACGGGACUUUCUUUCUCUCCAUGGACCUCGUGGAUUACGAUUCUAUAGGAAAUGACGACACAUUUGGAAACGUACGCUACAACCUCCAAGGCAAUGUAGGAACGAGUAAAACUGUCACUGAGCAUGCAAAGGGCAACAGUAAUUUAAGGUUAACAUUUGAAAUAGCUGUAAAGUGUUUACCUCGUUAUUAUGGCCCCACCUGUACUACGUUCUGUGAGGAAAACUCUCGCACAACAUGCAGUGUUAACGGGACAAAAGUCUGCCAGCAGGGAUUCACAGGAUUGGACUGUGAUAUUGACAUAGACGACUGUAAACCUGGUGUAUGUAAACAUGGAAAUUGUACGGAUCUCGUCAAUACUUAUCAAUGUACAUGUACCGCCGGCUACACAGGACAGCAUUGUACUACAAGCGUAUACUGUAACCCUAAUCCAUGUCACCAUGGCAACUGCACAGGCGGAGUAAAUGGUUACAGCUGCAGUUGUGAUCGGGAAUUUACAGGAGCGAAAUGUGAUGCAAAAAUAAUCCACUGUAUACCUAGCCCCUGUCACCAUGGUAACUGUACGGACAGAAUCAAUGGAUACAGUUGUAGCUGUGAAGUAGGGUUUACUGGCACGAACUGUGAAACCGAUAUAAAUGACUGUAUCCCUAACCCCUGUGUCAAUGGUAACUGCACUGACGGUAUCAAUAAAUACAGUUGUAGCUGUGCUUCCGGAUUUACAGACAUGCAAUGUGAAACCAAUAUAAACGACUGUAUCCCUAACCCCUGUGACCAUGGUCACUGCACUGAUGGUAUCAAUACAUACAGUUGUAGUUGUGAUCUUGGUUUUACAGGCAUGAAUUGUGAUACUAUUAUUAAAAAUUGUAUACCUCAAUCAUGCAACCAUGGUUACUGCACUGAAGAAGAAAAUGGAUUUAGUUGUUUUUGCGAAGAAGGUUUUACUGGAAAGCAAUGUGAUACUCCUAUGGAUCACUGCCAGCCAAAUCCAUGUAAAAACGGAAAUUGUACAGCAAAUGGAAGGAAGCCAAAAUGUGAAUGUAUUCCUGGAUAUAGUGGGGACUUUUGUGAAAUAAAGAUCGAAUAUUGUUAUUUAGACGCUUGUAUUCAUGGGUAUUGCAUAGAUGUUGUGAAUGGUUAUCGUUGCGAAUGCAGCCCUGGUUAUUCCGGAGAAAGCUGUGAUGAAGAUAUAGACGAAUGUAAGGAGGGAGUUUGUGAAAAUGGAAACUGUACGGAUAAAGUGAAUGGCUUUGUUUGUCACUGUAACGAAGGAUUUACCGGGCAAUAUUGUGAUGUCAAUGUAAACGACUGUAUCCCUAACCCCUGUGACCAUGGCAACUGUACUGACAGAAUCCAUGGCUACAAUUGUAGUUGUGAUUCAGGAUUUACAGGCACGAAAUGUGAUACAAAUAUCAAUGACUGUAUCCCUAACCCCUGUGACCAUGGUAACUGCACUGACAGAAUCAAUGGCUACAUUUGUAGUUGUGAUUCGGGAUUUACAGGCGUGAAAUGUGACAAAAAUAUAAACGACUGUGUCCCAAACCCUUGUGACAAUGGUAAUUGCAUUGACGGUAUUAAUAAAUAUAGUUGUAAUUGCAAUACAGGUUUUACAGGCAUUAAAUGUGACAUCAAUAUUAACGAUUGUAUCCCUAACCCCUGUGACCAUGGUAACUGCACUGACAGAAUCAAUGGAUACAAUUGUAGUUGUGAUUCAGGAUUUACAGGCACGAAAUGUGAUACAAAUAUCAAUGACUGUAUCCCUAACCCCUGCAUCCAUGGUGACUGCACUGACAGUAUCAAUGGAUACAGUUGUACUUGUGAUUCAGGAUUUACAGACCAGAAAUGUGAUUCCAAAAUAAACCAUUGUAUCCCUAACCCCUGUCACUAUGGUAACUGUUCUGACAUAAUCGAUGGAUAUAGUUGUAGCUGUGAAGAAGGGUUUACAGGCACAAAAUGUGACAACAUAAUAGACGACUGUAUACCUAAUCCCUGUAUCCAUGGAUCCUGUACAGAGUUGAUAGAUGGGUUUCUUUGUUUUUGUGAAGCAGGGUUUACAGGUAAACUUUGUGAAACCUUUGUAGAUCAUUGUCACCCUAAAAAUCCUUGUAAAAAUGGAAAUUGUACAAAUCAUGGAAAUAAGCAAAAAUGUGAAUGUUUAUCUGGAUUUCGUGGAGAGUUUUGUGAAAUAAAUAUCGAUGACUGUUAUCUUGAAGCUUGUUAUCACGGAAAUUGCAUAGAUCUCGUGAAUGGUUAUCGUUGCGAAUGCAGCCCUGGUUAUUCCGGAGGAAGCUGUGAUGAAGAUAUCAAUGAAUGUGAGGAGGUAUUUUGUGAAAAUGGAAACUGUACGGAUAAAGUGAAUGCCUUUGUUUGUCACUGUAACGAAGGAUUUACCGGGAAAUAUUGUGACACCAAUAUAAACGACUGUAUCCCUAACCAGUGUGACCAUGGUAACUGUACUGACGGUAUACAUGGAUACAACUGUAGCUGUGAAGCAGGAUUUACAGGCACAAACUGUGAUAUAUACAUAAACGACUGUAUCCCUAACCCAUGCGACCAUGGCAACUGUACUGACGGCAUCAAUGGGUUUAAUUGUGAAUGCGAGGAAGAUUUUACAGGCAAACAGUGUGAAACUUUUAUAGAUUAUUGCAUUCCAAGUCCGUGUAAAAAUGGAAAUUGUACUAGAAAUGGGACUAAACCAAAAUGUGAAUGUGUUCUUGGAUUUACUGGAGAAUUCUGUGAGAUAAAUAUAGAAAACUGCUAUUUUGGUGCUUGUAUGAAUGGAUAUUGCAAAGAUCUUGUAAAUGAUUAUCGCUGUGAUUGCGACCCUGGUUAUACCGGAAGAACAUGUGAUACUGAUAUUAACGAAUGUGCAUCAAAUCCGUGUCACCAUGGAAUCUGUACUGACGGCAUCAAUCAGUUCAGCUGUUCGUGCAAGAUAGGCUUUACCGGAAGGCAAUGUGAAACCAUUGUAAAUGGGUGUAGUCCUAACCCUUGCUAUAAUGGCAAUUGUACGCAGGAGCCAGACGACUUAAGGUGCAAUUGUAAUGCUGGAUUCACAGGCACGCAGUGUGAUACAAGAAUAGAUGGUUGUAGUGCAGAACCCUGCAAAAACGGGACCUGUACUGACAAUGUUGGUGAAUUUUCCUGUACUUGCGACCCUGGAUUUACGGGGCAAUUCUGUGAUCAGAAUGUCGAUGACUGUUUAUCAAUUGAUUGUCAUAAUGGUGAUUGUAUAGAUCUCGUAAAUGGUUAUCAAUGUAAUUGUAACCCAGGGUACACUGGAAAGAAUUGCUCACUAGAUAUAAACGAAUGUGAGUCUGGGCUAUGUGAUAAAGGAAACUGUACGGAUAAGGUAAAUGGAUUUGUUUGUAACUGUAUAGAAGGAUUUACUGGACAAUUUUGUGAGUUUAAUAUAAACGACUGUUAUCUUGCUGCUUGUGUUAAGGGUUUAUGUAGAGAUCUUAUUAAUGAUUACCGUUGUGACUGCGACCCUGGAUAUACUGGGAAAAGAUGCGACAAUGAUAUCAACGAAUGCGCGUCAAACCCUUGUCAACAUGGAAACUGUACCGAUGGCAUCAAUAUGUUCACCUGUGUUUGUGAUUUUGGAUACACAGGGACAAUAUGUGAAAUUGCGAUCAAAGAGUGCGAUUCAAAUCCUUGUCACCACGGCAAUUGUGUUGAUCAUGUCAAUGGCUAUAGUUGCAUAUGCGAUUCUGGAUAUGCAGGAAUACAUUGUGACAGUGCCAAGUUCUUACCAACUCCCACUUCUAGCAGCGGUAAGCCGAUAUUGACCUCAUACUCGACGGGAGAGCCAUACACGGUUCACAUGUCACAUAGUCUACUUACGAGUUUUCAAACAGGAAGUCCUAUAACUGUUUCACAGCCUUUGUCCACUAACCGUCUGCCAGACGUAUUCAAGAGUACAACAGUCAUCGUACAGAUAGCAACGGCGUCGGGAUAUGUUUCUACGGAAACAGCAGAUACACUGAUGAGUGUGUUCCCAACUCGAACUGAAGCGGUGAUCAUGACUACAACAAGCGGGUCCCGAAGUCACGUCACACAGUCGUCCAAUGAGCAUACAUCAAUCACUUCGGUCAGUGUCCAGUUGCUAGGUGAUGUAUCGGAUGACAAGGUUAAAGUGGAGGAUCGUCUGCAAAAUCUUUUGGAAUUGUCACAGGUCACCUCAUUGACAGUCGAGGUGUCUACAGAAAUCAAGGAGAAUAAUGGACAAGCCGUUACCAACAUGACAAUUACAGUGACAUCGAAGAGUCCUCCGGUAUCCCAAGCAACCCUGGAUAUAGCCUUCCACAAGGCCUUGUCUUCAUUACAUAUACAGAAAUAUCACAAGACUUGGAACAAGAACGCUGCUUCUUCUCCUACCAAAUCCUUGGUUGGUAGCCAUGUCGCUGUAGUGACCGCGAUAGUUGCGGUAGCUGUUGUUCUCCUUAGCAUCAUUUCAGUUGUAAUUGGGAUAAAGAGAAGGCAAAAACUUGGAAAACGUAAGACCCCGUAUUUAGAUGAAGUUUUAUCAGAAUCUGACGGUGUGCACCUGGAGCCGAUCAAUGAAGAUGAUCAGGCAGUGUUUGAUAACCCCGGCUAUAGUAAGGAAAGAAGUGCUAGUGAACAUCUGUAGUAUCAGUAUUGUAUUAGUAAGGGAAGAAGUGCUAAUGAACAUGUAUAGUUAUAGUAGUAGUAAGGAACAUUUGCUAGUGACCAUCUAUAGCUGUAAGGAAAUUAAGGAGGACUCUCAACAGUGAUUGACAGAGGACAGAUAUUCUAAUAUUGUUUUGAUGUGAUGAAUAUGUGUAUACCUGAAUUGAUUGCACGGGUUUCUGUAUACGAUAAUACGUGAAUAGGUGCCCGGAUAUAAAUAAAGAUGAAUACGACUAAUGUAUAUGGUAAAUAUAAACUAUGUACUCUAAUUGAAUUAUUGACUAUAUAUAUUGUUUACACACGAUUUCAUAUUUAUUUCAUUUUUUACAAAAAACUCGAUUGAAACUAUAUAGUGUGUUACUACAGUUGUACAACAUAAUAUGUAUGUAUGUAUGUAUGUAUGUAUGUAUGUAUGUAUGUAUGUAUGCAUGUAUGUAAAAGAUUGCAUAUUUUUAAUCCCCUGCCGUUUGAAAGACGGUGGGACUUUAGAUUUACCCCCGUCCGUCCGUCUUUCUGUCAGUCUGUCCGUCUUUCUGUCUGUCUGUCUGUCACGCAACAGUUGUCCGGACAACUUCUAAAGUACUAUUCCGAUUUUAACUAAACUUGGUAUACAUGAUAGUAUAACAUGUAGUUGUGCAUCCCACAUUUUUUCCCGAAAAACUAUUUUUCAAAAUGGCUGCCGGCAUCUCCUUGGUUGAGGCUUGUCCAGACCACUCCUCCUAAAAUACUAUAACAUUAUGCGGAGUAAAAAUUCCGAAAUGCGAGUAAAAAUGGCUAUAUCUCGUCACCUGGCGAGUAAAAUGUCACUUUCUUUCGAACUUAGAGCUUGUCCGGGGCAUAACUUCCGUGUUAUUUCACCUACGUUUAACCAACUAGGUAUACUUGUGUAUUUUUUUUUUUAUUUUUUUUUUAAUAUUUGUUGUCUGCAACCUGAAAUAUUCGUCCUGUUGUUCUGUUGGGAAAACUAGUUUGAUAUAUCUAUUGAAGUUCUGUCGAAAAUAAAUGGGAAAUAAAUAGGUGCACUCCUAGGUCAGGCAUGGGACUUUGUAUUGCUGUUGCAAUACUAUCCAUCCUUGUUGUUAUAGUGUGAUUUUAGCGAUCACGUGAAAAUAAAUGAUAAAGUAAAAGUUUUCUUAUAGUAAUCUUGAAGAGGUCCCCUUUAUUUGGGUUUAUGGAUAUAUUCAAUGGACCGCAUUAUCUUGUAAAGAAUGAAACGCGUUGAGAAAAUCUUAAAUUUAAAAACCACUAGAGAGUUGCCAUGUUGUGUUGAAAAUCUAGUCAUAUUCUUUAUUUCAUUCAAUCUGAAUUAACAGAUUAAAAAAGACCAAUAAGAUAAACAUGAUUGAUUAUUUUGAAAAUGACCGCCAUUCCAAUUAUGAUUGCCCACAUGACUUCACACACCGGAGUUAUCUUUGAUCCACUGUCGGAAGUGAGUGAUCCGUGUGUACACUGACGGAUAUCCAGCAGGACAUCCUAUUAUACCAAAUGAUGUCACUCCGACUAAGGUGUCCCCACAGGUUAAAGGUCCGCCACUGUCACCCUGAUCGUGGAAAUAAAUCAUAGUUUACGAGUUAUUUGCUUUGUUAACUUACAAUAAACGUACUCCUAACUAUA